AUGGUGAUGCUUAUGGACCCCAUUGCAGUUGUCGUCGUUCAAUGUCACCCAGAUCAUGGGACCAUUGCGCAUCUUGAAGACUUUGGAGGCUUGCUUUCAGCGAGAGACGCUUGCUCGGGCAAUACCGCUUCUACACGAUCGGAAUGGUGCGAUUAUUCCAUCGACACUGAUUAUAUGUCUGUCGUUCCCGAUACCGGAGUGACGAGAGAAUACUGGUUAGAGCUCACAGAUGUGACGGUCUCCCCUGAUGGCGUGUCUCGGUCUGCCAUGGCCGUGAACGGUACCAUUCCGGGACCUACUCUCUUCGCUGACUGGGGUGAUACUGUCACAGUGCACGUCAAAAACUCUCUCACUACCUCGCAAAACGGUACCAGCAUACACUGGCAUGGUAUUAGGCAGAAUUACACGAACGACCAAGAUGGUGUCGUUUCUAUCACCCAAUGCCCAACUGCCCCCGAGGAUGAAGUCACCUACACAUGGAGAGCCACGCAGUACGGCAGUACUUGGUAUCAUUCCCAUUUUGCGCUUCAAGCCUGGCAAGGUAUUUUCGGUGGUAUCGUGAUCAACGGCCCUGCAACGGCCAAUUACGAUGAAGACUUGGGAAUGCUCUUCUUGAAUGAUUGGGAUCAUCAGACCGUUGAUGAGCUCUAUAUCACUGCUGAAAGUUCCGGUCCUCCUACUUUGGACAAUGGUCUCAUCAAUGGCACAAAUAUAUACGAAGAUGGCGGAUUUCGCUACAACACCACCUUCGUCUCGGGCACGUCCUACCGAAUCCGCCUCGUCAACGGUGCCGUCGACACACAUUUCAAAUUUAUGAUUGAUAAUCAUACGAUGACGGUCAUCGCUUCUGAUCUUGUGCCUAUCGAGCCUUAUGAGGCAACUGUGUUGGACAUUAGCAUGGGACAACGCUACGAUGUUAUUGUCACUGCGGAUCAAGCCUCAACUGCAGACAGCUUUUGGCUUCGCGCAAUUCCCCAGGCAGCCUGCUCCGACAACGACAACAGCGAUGAUAUUCGUGGCAUUAUCUACUACGAUGGGGCGACCACAGAACCUUCUACAUCUGCAUACGAGUACGACGAUGAUUGCGUCGAUGAAACCGAUAACCUUGUUCCCUACGUUUCAAAGACAGUCGGAACAGAGUCCAGCUCGAAUCUUGAACAAGCUACAGUUGGCUUCAACUCCGACAGACUCUUCCGUUGGUAUUUGAACAGCACAACUAUGCUCGUCGACUGGCAAGAUCCCACCUUGACAAAGAUUUUGAACAACGAAACCUCUUUCGAGACCAGCAAUGCGGUAAUCGAUCUGCCAGAUGCAAAUGUUUGGACAUACGUCAUUGUCCAAACCGCUCUUGGUGUACCUCAUCCCAUUCAUCUUCACGGACAUGACUUUUGGAUCGUUGCUCAAGGGUCCGGAACCUACUCCAGCUCUGUCACCCUAAAUCUCAGCAACCCCCCACGAAGGGACACAGCUAUCCUACCCGCCUCUGGAUACUUGGUCAUGGCAUUUGAGACCGACAAUCCAGGUGCAUGGCUCAUGCAUUGCCACAUUGGCUGGCACACGAGCGAGGGAUUCGCGCUUCAGUUCGUCGAGAGGUACGACGAGAUCGCCGGUAUCACCGAUAGCGACCGGCUAUCCACCGGAUGCAGUACCUGGACAGAGCACCAGGAGACAUACAGUAUUGAACAAGAGGAUUCGGGCGUAUAA